CCCACCCCCUCCACGUCCACGCUCUCCAUCCCACAUCCGGUCCACGGCUGGGGCAGCGCAAGCAGAAGGAUCACGGCAUGGUGGCCCUCUCGCCUCUCUGGAUCGCUUUCGCGUUAGCGGCGGCAGUGUGCGGAGGAGGAGGAGGGGGGACACGGGGAGGUGACGACGAGGAGGAGGAGGAGAAGCAACUGUUGUCCGACAUCAAGGUGUGCGGCGAUGAAGACUGCAGCAUGUGGCUCUACAAGGUGGAGGCAGUGCGUGACUACGACGCACCCGACUGCCACUUUGUGAGCUUCCGCACGGGGGACGUGCUGUACGUCUACCACAUGCUGGCCGGCCGGAGGGACGACCUGUGGGCCGGAUCGGCCGGGUUGCAGUUUGGAUAUUUUCCUAAAGACGCCGUGAAGGUGAUUUUUAAAGAGCCAUCGGCCAAAGACAUUAAGAAACCCACCAAGUUUACAGAUUUCAUGUGCCUACCAUCCAGUCAUCAGAACGCAAAAACAUCUGAUGAUGAAAGUCAUGGAAAUGAUGAUCUCCACAUGGGAGAUGUGGAGCCCACUUUACCUCAAGUUAAAGCUAGCGGUUCAGAAAACCAAAUGCCUAGAGUACCAAAUGAAGAAGAAAAUAUUUCAAAGCAACACCAGGUUAACGGAGAUACAAGGACUGAAAAAGAUAGCGACAUGAAGUCCCCUGAAGGAGAUGCAAGAGUGGUAACACCACAGGGACAGCCAUCUCACGUUCACGGUGAUGGAAAACCCUUACCAGUGUUAGCCUCUCAUCCCAAAGCCAGUGAAGACAAAUCCCGUAAUGAUUCUGAAAUUGCUAGCGAUCCUGAAGUUGACGCAGCUUUGUUUCCAGCAGAACAUUCUGAAAUCGGACAAGGAACCUUAAAUGUGGAAUCCCCAAGGGAAGCCUCAUCUGUAUCAAACGCAUAUGCAAUUAAAAAGGAUGUAAAUGCACUUGCAUUGAAAGAAAAUAACUUGUUUAGCAUCGAGAGUAACGAAGAUGAAAUUAUUACUCCUGAAGACAAUGCCUCAAGCGACCUGCCAGAGCUGCAGAUCCUAUUAACGGAACAAGUCUCGGAGGUCCGUUUCGUUGAACAGCUCCCGACCGAGUUGGUGAAACAUGACAAACGUGUGACAAAUGAGCGAGAAGUGACAGAGCAGGUCACACACGCAUUGAAAGAAGGGGAAGAAUAUAAAGACUUAGCCACAUCGGAUGGACAUAUAUUGACUGGGGAGGUGAAACGGAGCAGAGCAAAAUUAAAAGAUUCGCCAGCAGUGUCUGACUUGACAAUGACACACGGCCAUGAUACAUUUUCUCAAGAAGACAUAUUUCUUGCUAAAUUCAACAUUGCAAAUGCCGAGGAACAAACUUUAAAAACGGAUCCUGUUACGGAAGAAAUUAAAGAGAGAAAAGAUGAAAAUGUUGAUUCCCCCAACAUAAUUGUUGGAACGGCAGUCACAGAAGGGCAGGAUUCUGGUGGCAAUGACAGAGACCAAGUCUCAACAGAAGCAUCAUCAGAUGCUGGGGACAUCGAAGGUAAUGACCUCAGGAGGCCUAAACCUGCUCGUAACGAUGAGGCUGCAGAAAUGUUCACUAAAACUCAGGGUGACGGAAUUGCCAGGGAAGAUAAUAAAAGACCUCUCCAAAAUGAAAUCCCACUUCCCUUACCUUCAACGGACAUUGGAAAAGUCACAUUGGAAUCCGAAGAAGAUGAUUUGGUUCACAUGGAGACUUUUGAGGAUGAGAAUACAUUUGUAGAAAAUGCUGAAAAUGACCUUCCAGAGGUGCAGAUCCGUCUAACAGAGCAAAUCUCCGAAGCUAAGCCCAGCAAACUGCUCGACACUGAAUUGAUGGACAUCGUCGAAGAUCAGUUAGGAAGUGUCAAUGUCACUGCACAGGUUACAGACUUGUUAGCUGAUGGUGAGAAUUACGUGAAGCCUGUAAAGUGGGACAAACACAUAUUUGGCAGUGAUGUGCAACAAAAAGUUUCCAAGUUCAAAUCCUCACCAGAUGAUUCGGAAGACUCGGACGCAGAAGCAAAGUCGCAUUUGGUUGUGGCAGGCAAAGAUGAUGCAACUUCCAGUGAAGCAGCUUACCUUGUCAAAUUUACAAUAUCUGGAAAUGUUCUCAACCCUGAUCUGACCAAAGACGUAGAUUCCGUAAAUCGAAACAGUGAUGGCGACGAGGACAUUUUAAAAUUUCCUUUGAAAGAAAUGCCAGGUGAUCGCCACCGUAAAUCAUCUGAUUCCAACUGGGAAAAGGACAUAGGUGACAAUGAGUUUGCAGUCGAGGUUCACGAUGUUCCAGCACUUUUGAAUAUAAGCCCCGAAUUGGAAACAAAUGUUGUUGCCGAAGCCUCAUCAAUAAAUACUCAGCACUUUGAUGUGGAAAAAGCAACACAGCUGAAGGACAGUGGAUCUGAAAUCAAUGACAAGCCUCCUGCAGGAGUAAAAUACGAACCUGUAAACGACAAGUCCGAGGUGAUCUUGGAGAACAAGGAUGUGGCUGAGAAGGUGAUGAAUAAAGAUCGAAUGAAGGAUGGCACCCUUGAAUUUGAUAGUAAUGUGGAGACCAAGAAGGCUCUUGGAAAGCGGAGUGUGGAACCAGCAGAUGAAGAGCUAACGGUGCUAACAGCCUCCAGUAACUCGGCAAAGGACAAAGAGGGAGGGUCACAGGUCACGUCCCAAGUGGAGAGAACAGAACCACAAUUGCAAGCCUCCUCACAAGAUGUUGAGAAAGUGAACUUGAAUGUGGAUGUUAACUUAGAACAUCUGGUGGAAUAUCCGGUGACCAAUAUAUCAGAGGCGGCCAUUGAGGAGACCGGCAAGUUGCCAGAGAUGCAGGAAAAGCUAAUGCAGCCAAAAGAACUAGUGCGAGAUGUGGCCGCGGAGGGCGAGCAAGAGGACCGUGUCGGUGAUUCUAAAGCAGGGAAUGCGUCUCUGCCUAUGGAAGCCAAAGCACCAUCACAAAGGAAGGAUGGAGAUCUCAAACUGGAAGGAGAGGCCAGCGAUGCAAAUAAGUUGUCGAUAGAGACUCCUAUGCCGAGGGAGUCGGGAACAAAGGAGAUAGUUGAUCGACAUGAUGAGCAGGGAACAGAUCUUCAUGCAGGAGUGAAAAGUGAUGAAGACGCUUCUGAUCGUAAGGUGGACGCCAUGGUUGUAGAUGACAAGAAAGCCGUAGGCAUUCCGACGACUUUAGAUUUAAAUAGAAUUGAUGCUACCUCAGAGAAGAUGAAACAGAAUACAACUUUGGAAAAUAACUUGGAGAUGGAUAAGAAUAUUGGAAAUGCUACAUUAAACGCGGAUAAGGGUCUGGGUGUAGGUGACAAGAAAGAUAAAGAAUCUCUGGUACCUAUAGAUGUAAAUAAACUGGAUGCUACCUCAGAGAAAGUGGCGCAGAGAACAACUUUGGAAAAUAACUUGGAGGUGGAUGAGAAUAUUGGAAACAUUACAUUAAAUGUGAACAAAAGCCUGGCCGGAGAUGUUAGAGAUGUAGUCGGGGACACCUUUGAGGAAAACAAAAUUGGAGAUGAUGUGCAUUUAGAGAAGCUUAACAAAGGUGAGGUGGAUUCUUUGGUGGAAGCCACCAUUGGAAAUGGUAAAGAAAUGGGGUCUUUUAAGGAGAUCAAUCCUCUGUUCAAAGAAAGCAGUGAUGAUGUUAAACCAUUAGCAGAAGAUGAGCCACUCCAGGGCUCAAUGAGGGAAACAACUGAAACCUUCACACCUCUGAACAGGCAGCAUGCAAAAGCGGAGAGCAAAUUGGCUGAGGGAAAUAAAGUUCCCACGGGAGAUCUAACGACCAAAGAGGAUAUGAACAAAAAGGAAAUGACUGAACAAGUAAAUGAGAAACUGCGUGCAGAACGCUUGGCGAUCGAGGACGCAGUCACCAGCGUAAAUUUCGAGAUCAGCAAAGCGUUGGCCGACAGUAAUGUACAGCUGAAGACUACCCUUGACAAGAAGUAUAUGGAGCUGAAAGAAUCUAGAGCUGCGAUGGAUUCAAAGAUGAAGAGCCCAAAUGAAGAAUUAACCGAGUCCAAAGGAGAAAUGGAAAAGCGUGACGAUUUAAGAGGUGUGUCGAUGGAGAGGAGUCUGAAAGUGGAGAAAAAAUAUUACUCAAAUUUAGUCAAGGUCAAUUCAAUCGAAGAAAAACUGAAUAUGAUGGAUGCUGAAAGUAAAACACCAGCAGGCUCUCUGGAGCCUGUGAAAGAAACGGUUGAUACAAAUGGAACACAGGAAGAAAACAAUGGGAAGAAAGGGCAAGCAUUUAAUGAGGCAGAGAUAAUGUCAACCAAACAAGCGAAGAUCGUAGACAAAGAGGUGUCAAAUGAUGAUGCUUACCAGAGUUUGAUCCAUACAGAUCCUUUGCAUAAAGAGCUUCGGGAAAAAGUGUCUGAGGUUUCCAAAGAGCCGGUCAAGGAAGAUGUGGACCCCAAGGGAAUAGUCGCGAAGAGAAAUGAAGCCGCCAAUGAACAACACUUUGAUGUGAAGGACAUGGACAGGGCUGGUGCGGGCUUAAUUUAUUCUCAGGAUGAGGAGCAGUUACUGAUGAAGGAAACAAAAUCUCAGCAAAUUUUCGAGCUGAAAAAGGCAUUGACUGAGGAAAAUAAAGGACUUGCGAAAGUGUUGGGUAAGGAAGAUUCAGAAAUAAUAGACACAGACCCCAAAAUAAACUUGGAGUUCAAGAAGGGUCUCGUUGGUAACAAUGGUGCAAUUGCUGAAGCCUCACACGGUCACCAUACACUUAUGAACCCAGAAGUGAAGAUUGUGGAAGAUGUAAAAUUAAAUGAAGAUUUGAAAGAGGCAGCGCUUGGAUCGGAAGAAUUGUUGAAAAUAAAUGAGACUGCACAUUUGUUGAAAGAUGUCAGUAAAAAUGAUGACCUAGGUAAAGAUAACAUUGGAAAGAGCAACGCUUCUUUGACAGAGGAAGAUGCAAAGGCCGUGGUAGACACGGAGAAAGAGGGACCGAAGGAGAGUGGAAUGCUUGAACGGGAGAAACAAAACAAGUAUGUGGAGGGUGAAAAUGAGAUCAGUGAAGCUGAAGGGAAGUUAAUCUUAGCAAUGAAUAAGGGGAUUGCAGGGGAAGAUGAGAAGCUAAAUGAAGCGCUCAAUUCCGAAUAUCUGGAGAUACGUGACGCGAAAGCCGAGGUGGAUGUAAAUGUCAAUAAAAAACGUUUGGAACUCGACGAACGGGAGGGAAAAGAUGCGAAUCUGGAACCUGAGAAGAACGAAAAUUCAUAUGUGGCUAAACCCACUGCCGCAGAUGAGAAGAAUGGAAUGCUUGAGCGGGAGAAACUAAGCAACUAUGCGGAGGGUGAAAAUGAGAUCAGUGAAGCAAAAGAGAAGUUAAUUGUAGCAAUAAACAAGGGAAUUGCAGGGGAAGAUGAGAGGCUACAUGAUGCGCUAAAUUCUGAAUAUCUGGAGAUGCGUGACACUAAAGCCGAGAUGGAUUUAAAUGUCAACAAGAAACGCUUGGAACUCGAUGACCUGGAGGGAAAAGAUGCGAAUGUGGAACCUGAGAAGGAGGAAAAUUCAGACGUAGCUAAACCAACUGCCACAGAAGAGCAGAGUGGAAUGCUUGAGCGACUGAAAUUAAACAACUUUGCAGAAGGUGAAAAUGAGAUAAGUGAAGCUAAAGGGAAGUUAAUUUUAGCAAUAAACAAGGGAAUUGCAAGCGAAGACGAGAGGCUACAUAUUGCACUCAAUUCUGAAUAUCUCGAGAUGCGUGACGCUAAAGCCGAGAUGGAUUCAAAUGUCAACAAGAAACGCUGGGUACUCGGCGAGCAGGAGGAAAAAGAUGUGAAUAUGGAACCUGCGGAGGAGGAAAAUUUAGGCAUGGCUAAACCCACUGCCGCAGAUGAGCAGAGUGGAAUGCUUGAACGGGAGAAACUAAGCAACUAUGCGGAAGGUGAAAAUGAGAUCAGUGAAGCCAAAGAGAAGUUAAUUUUAGCAAUAAAUAAGGGAAUUGCAGGGGAAGAUGAGAGGCUACAUGAUGCGCUAAAUUCUGAAUAUCUCGAGAUGCGUGGCACUAAAGCUGAGAUGGAUUUAAAUGUCAACAAGAAACGCUUGGAACUCAAUGACCGGGAGGGAAAAGAUGUUAAUGUGGAACCUGAGGAGGAGGAAAAUUCAGACGCGGCUAAACUCACUGCCACAGAAGAGCAGAGUGGAAUGCUUGAGCUACAGAAAGUAAAGAACUUUGCAGAAGGUGAAAAUGAGAUAAGUGAAGCUAAAGGGAAGUUAAUCUUAGCAAUAAACAAGGGAAUUGCAGGCGAAGACGAGAGGCUACAUAUUGCACUCAAUUCUGAAUAUCUCGAGAUGCGUGACGCUAAAGCCGAGAUGGAUUUAAAUGUCAACAAGAAACGCUGGGUACUCGACGAGCAGGGGGAAAAAUAUGUGAAUAUGGAGCCUGAGGAGGAGGAAAAUUUAGGCAUGGCUAAACCCACUGCCACAGAUGAGCAGAGUGGAAUGCUUGAACGGGAGAAACGAAGCAACUAUGCGGAGGGUGAAAAUGAGAUCGGUGAAGCAAAAGACAAGUUAAUUUUAGAAAUGAAUAAGGGGAUUUCAGGGGAAGAUGAGAUGCUACAUGAUGCGCUCAAUUCUGAAUAUCUGGAGAAGCGUGACCCUAAAGCCGAGAUGGAUUUAAAUGUCAACAAGAAACGCUUGGAACUCGACAUCCAGGAGGAAAAAGAUGCGAAUAUGGAGCCUGAGGAGAACGAAAAUUCAUAUGUGGCUAAAUCCACUGCCGCAGAUGAGAAGAAUGGAAUGCUUGAGCGGGAGAAACUAAGCAACUAUGCGGAGGGUGAAAAUGAGAUCAGUGAAGCAAAAGAGAAGUUAAUUGUAGCAAUAAACAAGGGAAUUGCAGGGGAAGAUGAGAGGCUACAUGAUGCGCUAAAUUCUGAAUAUCUGGAGAUGCGUGACACUAAAGCCGAGAUGGAUUUAAAUGUCAACAAGAAACGCUUGGAACUCGAUGACCUGGAGGGAAAAGAUGCGAAUGUGGAACCUGAGAAGGAGGAAAAUUCAGACGUAGCUAAACCAACUGCCACAGAAGAGCAGAGUGGAAUGCUUGAGCGACUGAAAUUAAACAACUUUGCAGAAGGUGAAAAUGAGAUAAGUGAAGCUAAAGGGAAGUUAAUUUUAGCAAUAAACAAGGGAAUUGCAGGCGAAGACGAGAGGCUACAUAUUGCACUCAAUUCUGAAUAUCUCGAGAUGCGUGACGCUAAAGCCGAGAUGGAUUCAAAUGUCAACAAGAAACGCUGGGUACUCGGCGAGCAGGAGGAAAAAGAUGUGAAUAUGGAACCUGCGGAGGAGGAAAAUUUAGGCAUGGCUAAACCCACUGCCGCAGAUGAGCAGAGUGGAAUGCUUGAACGGGAGAAACUAAGCAACUAUGCGGAAGGUGAAAAUGAGAUCAGUGAAGCCAAAGAGAAGUUAAUUUUAGCAAUAAAUAAGGGAAUUGCAGGGGAAGAUGACAGCCUACAUGAUGCACUAAAUUCUGAAUAUCUGGAGAUGCGUGACACUAAAGCCGAGAUGGAUUUAAAUGUCAACAAGAAACGCUUGGAACUCAAUGACCGGGAGGGAAAAGAUGUUAAUGUGGAACCUGAGAAGGAGGCAAAUUCAGAUGCAGCUAAACUCCCUGCCACAGAAGAGCAGAGUGGAAUGCUUGUGCUACAGAAAGUAAAGAACUUUGCAGAAGGUGAAAAUGAGAUAAGUGAAGCUAAAGGGAAGUUAAUCUUAGCAAUAAACAAGGGAAUUGCAGGCGAAGACGAGAGGCUACAUAUUGCACUCAAUUCUGAAUAUCUCGAGAUGCGUGACGCUAAAGCCGAGAUGGAUUUAAAUGUCAACAAGAAACACUUUGAACUCAACGACCAGGGGGAAAAAGAUGUGAAUAUGGAACCUGAGGAGGAGGAAAAUUCAGAUGCGGCUAAACUCACUGCCACAGAAGAGCAGAGUGGAAUGCUUGAGCUACAGAAAUUAAAUAACUUUGCAGAAGGUGAAAAUGAGAUAAGUGAAGCAAAAGACAAGUUAAUUUUUGCAAUAAAUGAGGCAAUUGCAGGUGAAGACGAGAGGCUACAUAAUGCGCUCAAUUCUGAAUAUCUCGAGAUGCGUGACGCUAAAGCCGAGAUGGAUUUAAAUGUCAACAUGAAACGCUUGGAACUCAACGACCAGGAGGAAAAAGAUCUUAAUGAGGAACUUGAGAAGGAGGAAAAUUCAGACGUCACUAAACCCACUGCUACAGAAGACCAGAGUGGAAUGCUUGAGCGACAGAAAGUAAAUAAGUAUGCGGAGGGUGAAAAUGAGAUAAGUGAAGCUAAAUGGAAGUUAAUUUUAGCAAUAAACAAGGGAAUUGCAGGGGAAGAUGAGAAGCUACAUGAUGCGCUCGAUUCUGAAUAUAUUGGAAUACGUGAGGCUAAAGUUCAGAUGGAUUUAAAUGUCAUCAAGAAACCCUUGGAACUUAACGACCAUGGGGAAAAAGAUGUUGCACUGGAGUUGGAAGAAAUUUUGGACAGAACUAAGCCCUCUGCCACAGAGAAAGUUACCGAAGGAAAUUACAGUCAUAAAUAUGAUGUAGCAGGCACACUGCAAAAGAAGGAUGUAGCUCAAGAUAUUGAGAUUCGGGAAGCCGCAGCCAGGGUGCGUUUAACAAUGAAGAGAGCCUUGGCUGUUGAUGGUGAAGUGUCACCUGCUGACUUUAAAGGUGAUGUAGCCACACAAAAAGAAACGUCUCAGCUAGAAUCUGAGCUGAAGAACGCCUGGUACCAGGUGGAUGACGACUUGAAGGAUGAAGAGGAUUUCGAUGAUGGUGAUGCAAAUGAUGAAGCUGAGCAGACCGUUGUGACAAAGGAACGUAUUAAGGUGAGGCUGUCUCAAAGCAAGCACGGGGCAGGUAUAAAGGAGACACAGCUGGAGAAAAACGCCAAUCACGAAGAGGAUCUUUCGGGAAAAGAGGGGAUGUCGGAAAAAGACGUGCCUACAAAGCAGUCUACUUUAGAUGUUAAAAUAAGAGAAGACUUGAAAAUAGAACAAUUUGCAAACAAGGCAGAUUUAGAGAUGCUCGCCGAGCAGGGAAAUGAAAAUGUGGUAAAAAGUGACGAUCUCGCUCGUGAUGAGGAAGCUAAUGAGGAGCCUCAGGAGGAGCAGGUGGAUAAAGAGGAAGUGGACAAACUCGAGGAGAAAGAUCUAAAAGGACGAGUAGAGUUGAACGAUGAUGAAGAUGUUGAGGAUAAUUUGGAACUAGAGGAAGAAGAGAUGGAUCCUGAACCGGCUGAUGAAGAAUUAUAUUAUUUGGAUGAUGAGGAACAGGAGGAUCAAAAGCCUGUGGAAGAGGAGGAAGAUGAGGAUAAACUAGAGGCCCCUGAAGAUGAGGAAGUUGAAGCAGAUGUAUCUUCCUCGGUUAACGUGGCAGAGGAUCAUAAACAAAUCGCUAAUGCAAGUAAUGACGAUGGUGACGUUGAAAGCGAUGACCCACUAAAUGAUUUCGAUGAAGAACUUGAUGAUGACGACGAUGAGAGUGAUGGUCAUCGUGUAGAUGAUAACAUGACAAAUGAAAUGGAUGACCUAUCGGAGACUGAACUCCUUGAAGAUGAAAAUGCCCUUGCAUCUGAAGUAGGUGAUGAAAUUUACCUCGAAACUGAUCAAUCCAGAAGUGAUCAGAAUAUCUCACAAAUUACAACAGCAGAAGAUGAAGUAUACCCAGAUGUUCUGGAACAGAUGGAUCUGGGAAAUGAACAAAACUUGUCUGCAGAAGAUAAUAUUAUGAAGGAAGAAAUUGAAACCCUGCUAGACGUAGAUGAUGCCCAUGCCGACGAGAAGAGGAGAGUGCCCACGGGUAACUCCGACUCGGAAAACGAUGGGUCUGAAAGUCCGUCCCGAAAACCAGAUGACGGCCCGCCCGAGUUUGAGCAGACAGUGGUGGAGGAUUACUUGAGCGAGGAGCGCCAGUCUCGCUUGCGCCGGAUUCUCACGGAGACAAAGCUGAGCUUGCUGGAGGACCGGCUGCGUGCGUUCGAACGGGAACUCGCCGACAGCAAGAUUAGGGCAGAGGGCACAAUGGAGGACGUCGAGAAGAGCCUGGACUCUGUGAUGGACAGGCACGAGGGCAGGGUCCUGCAGUGGCUCCAGGAGGUACUGGAAGAUGUCGGCAAGCAGCAUGAGGAGGCCGAGGAGGGACAGGAUCUGGAGGAGGAGGAGGAGGAGGCGUACGAGGAGCGGGUGGAGGUUUUCAAUGACGUGCAGGAUGUCGUCUUCGCCAUGAGGAAGCGUUUCUCCAUGAGCAUGGAGAGUGUACCCAUAGCUCCGGGGGCAAAGGUCAAGGUUAAAGUGGUUCAAGACAAAUUUUCCUGGCUCCCGUCGGACAAAAACGGCACGUUGCCGGAUCUCAUCCUGCGAAUGGAUUCUGCCUUCCUCUACGUCAGGGCCUGUGUUCUUCCGUCACUGGGAUCGCUGCUUGGAAUGGUGGCUUCUCAGCUACCGGCCGAGUGGCGACCCGGACCCAGCUACCACGGCGUGCCCUGGGACGUCGUGGCCACGGGACUGUGCCUGGGCAUUGCCUUCUCACUCGCCUUUCUCUGGAGGCUCAUCUGCGUGUUUCAAAACAGAAGAUAUCUACGGAGGGAGGCCCGACACAUUCAGACGGUCAAGAAGGUUCUGGAGGAGAAACACGAGCUGGCAGAGCAACUCGCAAAUGCGAGGAAAGAGAUCCAUGGGAAAGCGAGCUCGCUGCAGGGCAUGCUGGAGGGGUCGAAAAGCAGCAAGCAGGCCAUCGCCAAGCUGCAGACGGAGCACAGGGAGCUGCAGGAGAGCAUCUGCGAGCGACGCAGCGAAAUGGAGGCGAUCCGACACAGCCUCCAGUCAAUGCAGCAGCAGUGGGAGCAGCAGAAUUCUUUGAAACUGCGGCUGCAGCGCAGCACGGAGGGCGUGGAGCAGACACUCGGCUCGCUGAAAGCAGAUCUCGAAGCGGUCCUGUCUCGGGUUGGAACCGCCAACAGCAACAACGACAAGAUGGAGGCCAAGCUGGUCAAAAUGGAGAAGGAGAACGAGCAGCUGCAACGCAGCAACCGGCGGCUUGAGGAGGAGGUGGAGCUCUGCGACACGUCGGUUGGGGAGCUGACGGAGACCUUGCGCGCGGAGAGGCAGACGCAGAAGAGCCUGGAGGAGGCCGUGGCCUUCAAGCAGAAUGAGGUGGAGGCCAUGACCGCGUGCCUAAACCAGCUCAAGGACCUCGGAGUGGACUCGGAAAGUCUGGAUGAAUCUGAAAAACGGAAGCAGAAACAGAAACUUCAAGAACUCAUGGAUGUCUCCAAGGUGAACGUGAUGCUCAGGGUGGUUGAGGAGGAGAUCGAGGAGUACGGAUCCCUUCUCCGGGACGAGGUGGCCGCCACGCACAAGCUGGAAGGGACGUUGGAGGCUUACGAGAACAAGAACGCGAGCCUGGCGGCGGAGAAGGGCAAUCUGUGCGAGGAGCUCGCGCGCUGCAAGCAGAAGCUGAACAUGGUGAAGCAGAUGUACGAGGAGAAGGAGGUGAAGCUUCAGAGGAAGCUCACCCUGGAGGAGACCCACCGCGAACAGAACAAGGGCAAGCUGUCGGCUGUGGACGAGCGUGUCCUCAAGGCCAUAGAGGACGCCAGCAUCCACCGGCGUAAAGUUGAAGACCUGCGCGAGGAGCUUAACAAAACGGAGAAGAAUUACAAAGAUCAGAUUUCGACGAACGAGAAGAAGGUUCACGAAAAUUGGCUUAAAGCUCGCACGGCUGAGAGGGAGAUGGUGGCUUCCAAGAAGGAAGUUGCCACCCUGAAGGAGAGGAUGUCGGAUAUUGAACUCAAGCUUGCCCUGCUGCAUAGGCCACCGACCUACCAGAUGGACUUUCAGAGAGGGCUGCCCCUUCAGCCUCUGGUGGUACCGACACACAGAGGAGCGUCGUUGCGCGACGGCUCGUCGUUUACGUCGUCGCCGGUGAGCGGCCCGCCGUCGCCUCCCAUGCUGACGGACGAGCCGCGGCGAGGGCCGACGCGGGCCCCGGGGCAGCCCCGCCGCACCCCACGAGCGGCCGAUAACGGGCCUUCGUCACCCCUGGACAGCACCGACGGCCUUCACAAUCCCAUUCCGGCCGGGAGACCGCCGGAGCUGCGAGCUCCGCACGGCCACGCCGCCCCGCCGCCGGGGCCCCACGAGCCGGCGUACCCCCGGCACUCUCCCCCUCGGGGGCAGCACAUCCCGCCGGCCCAGGCGGGGCCGCGCGGCGGUCCGCAGACGUCGCCGCUCUCCGCCCAGGGCACCCCGCCACCGUCGACUCGGGCGGCGUACGGUUUUCCGCAGCAGCAGCGGCCGGCGGGCCCGACCGCGGCCGCUUCGGCGUCGCAGAACGGAGCGUUGAGAGGGCCGCCCGGGCCUGGUCUACCGCCGCCGGCGGCGCCGUACGGACCGCCUCUGUCUCCUGCGCCGAGCGGCGGUCCCCCUCCGAUGCAGAGGCAGUUUUACCCUCCACCACCGCAAGGGGCCCCCGGGGCUCCGGCUCAAGGGCAGUUGGCGCCGCCGGAACCCCUCGUGCCGUACGACUCGCAGCCGUCCCAAGGGCGCCGCAAUCCACCGCCGCCGUGGCAAGGAGCCCCCGGUCAACAUCCACCCCAGGGUUCUGCUGGGCAACGUCCUCCUCCUCAGGGACCUCCUGGGCAGCCCCCAAUGCUGGGACCUCCUGGGCAACAUCCCUCUCAGGGUCAUCCGGGACAUCCUCCACCCCAAGGAGCUCGGGGCCAACCUCCGUCCCAAGGGCAUCCUGGGCACCGUCCUCCACAAGGACCUCCUGGGCAACCUCCUCACCUUUAUGCCGAAUCACAACUUCAGCAUUCUCAAGCACCGCAGAGCCCGCCCCUGUCCCAAGCACCCCGCAUGCCACCUCCGUCCCAGGGGCCGUUUGCACCACCACCGUGGCAAGGAAUCCGCGGGCCUCAUCCUCCUCCCUCCGCGCAAGGCUUCCACGGACGCCCGUCGUUGCAGGAGCUCCGUCCACAGCACCGUCUGCCACCACCGCCCGCCUCCAGUGGAGGUCAGUGCAUGGUUCGGAGUUCGGCGCCAAAUUCCAGAGACAAAUGAAGCUCAGAAGGAAACCCCCGCCCAGCCCCGGUGACCCUAGCCGCUGGAACUUGAGCUAUUGACACUCGAGUCUGAGCCUUCCCUUGCAGGGCAACCCGAGGGACAUUGCUGCAGCCAGUUCUGCCCUCACCCGUGUGGUUUUUGAAGGUCCUCUGCCUCGGAUGAUCAGCAUCGUGGUAAGAGCUGAGAGAUGGGAGUCCCCCAAUGCCAGUGCUGAAAAUGCUCGCAGACUAACAAUGGGCCAAAGUUCAACAAACCACACCGCCCAGGCAAUGCUGGGGUCCUUGCCUCAAAAUGUAACGAAGUUCGUAUGUCACACCCUUGCCAAUAUCUAUACUUUGUAGACUUUGGAUGUGAUGCCAAUUUUUUUUUUAAUUCAUAACAAAAAAAUCCCAAAAUCAGGCCGAGAUAUGACAUUUUGGAUGAUCCUAAAAACUGGUCGAUCAGGAAGUAUGACAUCACAGGACAUGACCUCGCUUAUAUUACAUCACUUCCAUGCUUUUCCCACCAAAAGUGGUGUAACAUGACAUCGGGUUUCCUCACUUUUGUUCGCGCGAAGAAAACGUGAAAUGAUGACGUAAUAUAAGCGGUCCGAAAAAUGCGUAUAAAGAUCCAAAAUUGUCCUUAAACCACGUCAUCCCCCGACUGGCAGACUGAAUGCCCACUUGCUGCAGGCCGUUGCUGCGUGUACAGCCUUACGCCACCCAGGGACAGCUGCCAGUGGGGAGGUCUCCUUGGCCAGACUGUAUUUGGGGCAUUGCAAUGGUUGAGUUGAGCCUUGGUAAGGAAUGCAAUCACCCUGGACACGCAAAUUUUUAUCCUUGCCGCGUGUUUGCUCUGUUACAGUUUUUCUCAUUUUACGAGUCGGUUACUUUUUACACAAAUUGUAUUGGUGUUUACUUUUUGUAGUUUACUUUUAGGUGUUUUUUGUUGUUAUUUACUUUGAGGUGUUUUUUUAAAAGUAUAUAACGAAAGGGCCAUACUAUGAAUUCGGAACGCACGCAAAUAUUUGGUUCUCAUCUAAAUGGUUUUUAUUUUUGCUUCAAGGCCUUAUUUCUUAGUGGCUACCAUGUAAAGUGUCAUUACUAUACUAGGAUUAUAUAGAUCAAGGAAUUUUCACUUGCAGGAUUAAACAGAAUACGUAACUAUACAGUAUACACGAACACAUAAUUGCCAUUAAUAUUGCUAACCUAUUUUAAUAAUAAUACUACACUACAAAGGCUCGUAUUAUUUUAAUAAAGUGACACUACAAGGGUCAUGUCAAGAUAAUGCGUGAGGCUUAGGUUUUAUAUUUUUUCCCCAAUUCCUUUUGCACGAACCGCUUCAGUUCGCGGUACAAAACCGUUUACGUUCGAAACCCUCGCGGCAGUCGGCGCAGCAAUGACGGCGACGACGACGUUUGUCAGGGACAUCACAGAGCCACUUCUGAAAUCCCAUCAAUUGGCUCUCUAACCCGCGCGAGGUUGGCGCUGGAUAACAAAAAAAACGCACUCCCGAGAAAAUUCGCCCAUCGUGCGGAUAUUAGCCAAUCAAACAACAGGGCGAUGGGGGGGGGUGUCACGUGACGCCGUACCAACCGAUGGGAUUGGAUCGAUUUCCAACUGCCACGCCAAACUUCUUCCCGACACGGGCACGUCUCUUUGAUCGGCGAUUUCCGUCCGAUUUUGGUCUAUUGCAGCGUGGCCAUCGCACCACCGCGCCACCAACACUACGGUGAAUUAAUGGAACAGGCGAAUUUAAUACGAAGGGUCAUCGUGUUAUUUAAUUUUUUCCGCCUUCGAUGACGGAGAUGAGACGGUUGUCUCUCGCUACCCUUGAACCUUGUUUUUUUUUAAAUCUCCCCAUGGGUUCUUCCUUGGGUGGACAUGAGCAGUGCCAGCCCAGCCAUCUGACCUGCUGUUAACCCCUUGAGGCACCCAGCCACCUGAAUCUCGCCUUUAGUGUGAAGCCCCAACCCCCCACUUCUGAAAAGUGAACACGUGCAAUUGAGAUCGAGGUCAUUAAUUUUUAAACAUGAGUGGCAUUUCGUUUGUACUUUGCGUGCCGAUGCUCUAUUUCAGACUCUAAACCUUUUUGACGUAUGCGCGUGUGUGCGGUGUCGCACGCACGCACGUAUAAUGUCAUAAUGUACGGCCCUUUAUCAAUCCACUGCUGGAUGAAGCCCUCCCCAUGCAAUGGCGGCCGUGUGGGUUGAAGGGGAUGAGACCCAGGGCUGGUCUCAGAUGUCACUCGGCACCGAAGUUGCCCGUAGCCGAGAAGUGACUCCGUGUCUUCGGCUUCAUAGCGCGGGCUGUGCUCACCGUGACGCACACCAAUGCCGUCCACUCCCUGCAUCACGUCACGUCAGUAUGCAUACAGUGUGCCAUUGAUGACUCGAGUUAAUGUUCUCUUAGCGAAUCUGACCUUUCUGGGGGUCAUCUGUCCCCAGGUAAUGGUUUUUGUGGUGACAAUCGUAACUUAUUCAAUGUGGAUAAUACUUCACAUUUGUCUUAAUAAUCAUUAUCUCUUUUAAUGAACUAAGUGUAAGGAACAUAUCUGCAGGGAACUAUUACACUUGUACCUGCUGAUGGUGUUAGCCAUGAUAUGGAUCUAAACUCAGGUGGCUGGGUUCAUAGCAUCACCUUUCACCCCUGUGCAAUGUAUUACUGGUUGUAGAUUUAAUGAAGAUCCACGCUCUUGAACAUACAUUACAUUUUUUUUAACCCGGUUCAUGGCUAAGCAAUUAAAGAAAAUAG